AUGUUUCUUUUCUUUCUCUAUUAUCAUUAUUCUUCAAGCAAGCACUUUUUCAUUGCAGAUACUGAUGCUGGAUUCAAUCCAAUGCCUUCAAAAACUGAUUUGGCGCACCAUAAUCCUUUCUCCAUUGCUCUUAAGAACUUUGGUAGUAGGCCUCAGGACAAAGAAAAAGAUGUCAAUGUUGACAUUCAUAGAGAUGGAAAACAGUUGACAUAUUUGCAACUGGAAAGGGAGUACCUGGAUUGGCUUCUUCAAAUGCAUCGUAUGUAUGAUGAAGAAAUCGACUGUGGUGAGGAUCAACCUAUUAUUGUUGUCAGUCCCUUGAACAAGAAGGCACUAGGAAUAUCAUCUGAUGUGGUAAGAGUUCAUCAAAUUCUGAAGAGAAAGGGAUUAUUGUGGAAAAGUGGCCAGAAAAUCAAAGUUCUCAAGGGUGCAUGCACCAAGUGUCAUAAGAAUAAUGUUUAUGCAACGAUAGAACAUUUCUUGCUUGAAGGAUUUCAGGGGGAUUCUGGUGGAGAAGCUCGGAUUAUAUGCAGGCCACUAGGUAUAGAAAAUAGCUGUAAGCUUUCUAUAAAGGGUGGAACUCCCAAUUUGGAUAUUCAGGACUCAUUAUCACUUCCAAUUAGCGUGAUUGAUUCUGGGAUGUGCAUGUCCAUUGAUAAUUCUAAUUGGGAGCUCCAACUUAGGAAACAAAUUCAGAAGACUCCCUCAAGAAUUGAAUUGCUGAAUGAGAAACAGUGUCAUCAGUUGGAGGUUGAUGGGGCAUUGCCGUCCGAUCUUCCAAAACAUGCUGGACAAACCCCUCCAAAGGUCAUUGUGGCUGUUUUUCGUCCAAGUAGUUUCACAUUUUCUCUUGCUUCAAAUUACUUGGACCAGAAGGACAUUGUGAAGGUUAAUUUGGAGAUGUCAAUGGAAGUCACAUUUAGAAGAACCAAGAACCAUCAAGAUGUUGAACUCAUUUACUCUGUUCGCAUUGCACCUUCAUCCUUCAAAGGGUUUCAUGGCUUGUAUAUGUUCCCACUCGGGGUGAAGUUCCCUCACUUAUUUCAGAAAGCAGGUGCAUAUACAUUUUCAUUCUCCGCUGAACAUUCGGGUUGUCCGAAUUACAAACAAACGAUUAUGGUUGUGCCUUCAGAAAAGGUUGGAAAGUGGGAGCUUCUUCAUGAUGAAAAGUUUCCAUCUUAUACUGUAAGGGUCGGUUCAUGUUUUCCACCCUUAUCUAUUGCAUGUUAUGACGUUUAUGACAACCAAAUGUCAUUUACCUCCCUUCCUAGCUUAAAGAUCAAGCUCAUCAUGAAUGAAGAUUUGUGUAUUGAUGUGGUCAAGAUGAAGCCUUCUCUUUCAUCUGAUAAUUCGGUCUUUAUUAUUAAGGAUGUUGUGAUUGAAAGUAAUGAGUUGGACUCAAUCCGGCCAAAUUAUGCAGCCACCUUGAUGAUAUAUAUUCAAGAUGCGUCGAGAUCAGUUUCUGUGGAAUGUCAUGUUACUCCUGGAGAUCUACACUCUAUCAAAGUCUGUUCACAACUUCCCCGAAAGCAAUUACUCCCAGGUUUUGUAGUAGAGGAGUUUUUGCUAGAGGUGUUCGAUGUGUACGGCAAUCAUGUUGAAGAAGGCUUGGAAGUUGAAUUCCAGUUGGAUGGUUUUAGCAUCCAAGGUCAAAUAGGCUCGAGGUUUAAGGUGGAUAACCAUGGAUGCAUUGACCUAGGGGGACUAUUGAAAGUAACCACAGGUUAUGCAAAGCAAGCUUGUCUCUCUGUUUUACACAAUGAUGAAGUAAUUUUCAAGCAAGAUUUUCAAACUGAGAAAAGGGAGCUCAGAAUAUCAUCAAGUGUACCGGAGCAAUGCAUUGCUGGUUCCUCACUGGAAAAUAUAGGUUUUGAAGUUGUAGACUCCAAUGGGGAUGUUGAUAAAACAUUUCAUGAUGAUGAAAAAUGUGGCCAAUUCCAUACGCUCGUAGUUAAGUCAGAAUCAUUUGAAGUAGAUGAUUCUAUACGCUAUGUGUUCAAGCAUGGCCGCUGCAACAUCACUUCUUUUCCCCUUCCUCAAAUUGAAGGGCCCCUUUGCUUCAAAGCUUUUCAUUCUCGUUACUCUCAGCUAUAUUGCGAUGUUAAGAUUUGUCUUGUACAUGCUCCGAUAGUCAAUAACAGCGAGGUUGAGGUCCACACUUCAGAUGGAAAGAUUUCUCUUCAUGCUCCAAAAGUCGAGAACAGUGAGGUCGAGCCACACACUUCCGGUGGAAAGGUCUUAUUCCUGCAGAACUCACCAUUUGUCAAUAAUGAGAAUGUAGGAAACCUACUGUCCAUAGUGAAAUAUGACAAGGAACUAGAGAGUGAAGUGCUCAAAUAUGCUGAGCGUGUGGGACAUAGGGAAAAUUUUCUGAGAGGUCUUAAUUGUUGGAAAACAGGCAUCGAGCACGAUAUUUCUAGGUUGCAAGCUUCUCUGGAACCCGAUUUAGUGAACAAUCUGGAUUGCUUGUCAACAAAAGAACUAAUGAAACUGAUCCAGGGAAGAGAUCAUACUGCAGCUGCUAUUGUCUGCAGUCUUGCUCAAGGACCACCGAUGAAUAUCACGGAAGAUGUAGUAGGCGUGGUAGCACUCCUAGGAACAGUUUGCUCUGUUCAACUUAGCAGGAUUUUAGCCGAGUACUUGGGUGAAGAUCAAAUGCUUGCGGUUGUGUGCAAAUCCUAUUAUUCAGCGGGUGCUCUUGAGCAAUAUGGGCAUAAUGGUGAAAUUGAUUCUAGGUUCGGUCUUCAUGCAGAAGCCACCGCUCUUAGUAAAUCUUUAAGUGGUAGAUUUCUUGUUGUCUGCCUCGAGGAUAUAAGGCCUUAUUUGGGAGGGGUUGAAUUCAAUGACCCUCAAAGGAAGCUAGUCUUACCAGAUCCUAGCUUACGAUUUGGACACUGCCCUCCAGGGUUUAUCGGUUAUGCGGUUAACAUGAUCAACCUAGAUAAUCCUAACUACAGAACUGAUUUCGGCCACGGUUUGAGGGAGACUCUUUUUUACAGACUUUUUGGCAAGGUUCAAGUAUACGAUACAAGGGAACAUAUGAAAAAGGCUCGUGAUUGCAUAAAACAUGGUGCUGUGUCUCUGGAUGGUGGGAUUUUGAGAAAGAAUGGACUUAUAUCUCUUGGAUUCAGGAAUCCGGAAAUAUAUUUUCCAGUCGAGAACAGGAACGUGUCUCCUCAAAGCAAGAAAAUCAUAGAUCAAAUCAAGGAAAAACAAACUGAACUAACAACCACCUUGCAACAUAUAGAGAAAUCAAAUGAAAAGCUUAAGAGAGACCUCCUUAGGCUCAACAAGAAAAAAACCAAGUUCCAGAAGUACAUGGAUAAUACCGACGAUGCGAUCAACGAUAUCGUAACUAUGAGCCCACUGCAAUACACCCAAGAGCUCGGAACUCCCUCUCAAUCAACUCCGAGGUAUAUGUGCCCACUGCAAUACACCCAAGAGCUCGGAACUCCCUCCCAAUCGACUCCAAGGUACAUGAGCCCACUGCAAUACACUCAAGAGCUUCGAACUCCCUCCCAAUCGACUCCGAGGUGACUAUAUUUCUAAUCGACAACUCUUUAUUCGCUCGAUAGUUCUAUAAAGA